AUGGUAUAUCGCGGCCGCCCGUCAACGGGCUGCAAGAGUUGCCGCGAGCGCAAGAUCAAGUGCGACGAGACUCCCGGAGGAUGCCUGAAAUGUGCAAAAGUCAAGAUUAAAUGUCCGGGCUAUGACCGCAAUGUGGAUGCCUUCUUCCACGACGAGACGGCCAAAACGGAGGUCAAGGCGAAGAGCGCGAAAGCAAAGGCGAUUGCAUUGCGCGAUGCACGACAUGUGAAUAGCGGCUAUUCGGCCGCCUCAUACGAGCCCAUGUCGCCAUAUUUCAAAACUCAGCAACUGCCCGGCGGCCUACUCCUGGCUCCUUUGAUCGACCAGGGCAUUGCUUACUUCAUGUCCCAUUACGCCAUUGGCCUCGAUCAGCCAUCAAUCCAGUCUGAUACGUAUCACAAGCACCUCGCGACCAAUGGCUUCCAUCCGCUCGUUGCUACAUCGAUGACCGCCCUGGGACUCGCGGGCGUGGCCAACAUCUACCGCGACACCACGCUCAAAGGCAAUGCCACCCGAUGGUACCUGGACGCCAUCAAAAUGACCAACAACGCCAUCACUCAUCCCAAAGACGUUACUUCAGACACGACACUGCUAGCCAUCACGCUGUUGGGCAUGUUUGAAGCGACAUCGAACGAGUACACGCUCCACGCCUGGGGCGAGCACGUCGCUGGAGCUGCCUCUCUCGUCAAGAUGCGAGGCAUGAACCAGUUUGCGUCGCCUGCGGGCAGACGCAUGUACAUGCACUCUGUCGCACUGCUGACGAUGAACUGCUUGGCCGACGGCAUCGCCCUGCCAGCAUAUGUGCAGGAGAUGAACAUCGAGAUCAAGAAGCACUCCGACGACGCAGACCCCAGGAAUCGCUUCUUCUUUCUGCAGCAAGACGUUAUCAAUUUCCGAGCAGAGAUUAUGGGCAGUGCCGCGAUGAGCCUGCAGAGCAUACUGCACCGCGCACUAGAGCUUGACGCUGCUGCGGAGAGAGUCUUCGAAUUUGCGGGGUUGGAGUGGAGCUACGAGGAGAUCGCGCUUUCCACUCCCAGUCCUCUUGUCUUUGGCGACACGUACCACAUCUACCCUAGCCACGCUACAGCGCAGACGUGGAACUGGGUGCGCUACACCAAGAUCUACAUCCACGACAUCAUCCGCAACACGCCCUUCUCCACCCCCCACAAACUCUUCUUCGAAAACUUCCGCAACGAACUCGUCCCCGUCUCCCCGACCCUCGUCGCCAGCACCAACGUCGCCGACCGCCUCCCCGUCGUCCGCGUCUCCGGCGGCCACUCCACCCUCUGGGCGCUGUACAUCGCCGGUGCGAUGCCCACGGCCGAGCGCGCCGCGCAGCUCUUCAUCGUCGCGUGUCUCGGCCGCUUCGAGCGCGAGUUCGGCAUCAAUCAGGCCAAGGUGCUGGCCGCGGCACUGCGGCUGAAGAUGGCGAGGCCCGAGGUCGACGGGAUUUGCCCGGUGUACUUGCCACGGCAGCCGGCGCCGUACGUCGUGCCCGUUGGAGCGGAUGAGGGGGGGUUGGAGGAGGUGUGA